AUGAUCGAGUUGGCGGUCCUUCUGGCAGCCCGCCUUAUCGCCGCAGCCCGCUCGCCAGUACCAGACUGCGACGAAGUCUUCAAUUUCUGGGAACCAACGCAUUUUCUCACGCAUGGAGCUGGCCUCCAGACCUGGGAAUGGUCCCCCGUAUAUGCGAUUAGGUCCUGGAGUUACAUCGCAUUACACGCUGUAGUUAUUUUCGCGGCCGAAAAGCUUGGGUUUGAGGGCUACCAAUUGUUCUACGCUUUGAGAAUCGUGCUGGGCUCGGUUGAGGCCAUCUGUGAAUACCAACUGAUUCGGGUUCUUCGCAAACACUACGACACUGAUGUGGCCUACAUUUUCACUGCGCUUAGCUCCGUUAUGCCUGGUCUUUUCCAUGCGUCGGUGGCAUAUUUGCCGAGCUCAUUUGCCAUGAAUUGUGUAACUCUCGCUUUUGCUUGGUUCUUGGACUCCCCAACCAACAAUAUUGUGUGUUCGUUGGUGUCUAUUGCCGUUGGAGGGCUUGUCGGCUGGCCUUUUGUGCUGGUUUUGGCCUUGCCGCUUGGUAUUUAUUAUUCCGUCGCAGUGCUGUCGAUCAAAAAAUGGAUCUCAAGUGUUGUCAAAACUCUGGCCCUUGUCGCAAUCGUUUUGCUGCUAGUGGUCGCGCUCGAUUCAAGAGCAUUCGGCAAAUUGGCCGUAGUUCCAUUCAACAUUGUCGGGUACAAUGUUCUUUUUGCCGAUGAGGGAUCGGGCCCCAACAUUUUUGGCACCGAGCCGCUGUCUUACUAUUUGUUGAACUUGAUUCUCAACUUUAACGUCGCUUUUCCGUUGGCUCUGUUGGCAGGUGCUGUGGUCAACUUGCGAACCUUGACGGCACUCUCGCUGAUGUAUCUUUGGUUUGCUAUUUUAUUCCCCACACCGCAUAAAGAAGAACGGUUCUUGUACGUGGUGUACCCCAUUAUCGUAUGUGCUGCAGCAUUUACCAUCUCCCGAGCAUGGCAUAUCGUGACCAGCUUUGCCCGCCUGCCAAGAGCCUUCUUAUCGUUAUUUGUCGGUGCUGUUGCCUUUCUCGGUAUUGCUCGUAGUGCAGCUCUUGCUAGUUACUACCAAGCACCAUUCGAAGUCUACAAAAAUAUCCCCACCAACUCCACAGUGUGUGUUGGACGGGAAUGGUACAGAUUCCCUUCAAGUUAUUUUAUGGACUCACAAUUGAAAUUCGUGCGAUCUGGUUUCGAUGGCUUGCUUCCUGGAGAGUUUUCUUCGUUUACUGCUAUUCCCGAGGGAAUGAACAACCGAAAUGAAUUCGACGAAGGGAAGAUUGUGCCUCUUGAAGCAUGUGACUUUCUGAUUGAUAUUAAACUUGACUAUGAUGAAGAGUCAGGUGAGAUCGACCCUUUGAAGCAUGGCUGGGAAGAGGACUUUUGUGUCCCCUUUUUGGAUACUCAGAAAUCCACCGGACUUGCCCGCGUGCUGUAUUUCGGAGUCGAUACCACACCCCUUGGUAAAGUCGCGUGGACAAAAUACUGCAGAUAUCGCCGCUUAGAGUAG